ACUCAUUUGUUCGUAGGAAUCCUCUCAAGCUACACGUCGUGUCGGCUUACCCGUGAACUGUGAAACUCAAUAUCUUUGUCCCCAAUAACAGUGAAGUGAAAAUGUUAAUAGACUUCGAUCAGUGCAUUAUGAUCGGAUAAUACCAACAAGUGAACUAUAAAUUGAUCACGGGAGUUAAAUUAAAGUUUAGGUUUUAAACUAUGAGUCCUAAAUACGGUGCAACUAACGCUGAAAUUACGGAAAUCAGUGUAAAGCAGGACCCUGUUAAAGAAAUUGAUUUAAGUAUCACAUGCAAAAGACGAGGAUGGUGGCGUGUGAGCCAAAAUCUCUUGUACGGCUUAGGGCACAUGUACAACGACCUAUGUGCGGCGAUGUGGUUCUCAUACAUGAUGCUGUUCUUACAAGCGGUUCUCGAAAUGAGGGCUGUAAUAGCCGGCGCGAUGCUUUUGUUAGGGCAAGUAGUCGAUGCGCUUGCUACCCCAAUCGUCGGUAUUUUGGCUGACAAAUACAGCACCAAGAAAUUUUGGCAUUUAACAGGCUGUGCAGUCGUAACAUGCACGUUUCCUCUACUAUUCAUACGAUGCUGGGGCUGCAGGCCGGGGAUCAACACCGAGUACUUAUCCUGGUGGAUGCCGUUUUAUUACGCCAUCCUGGUCAUAUUCUUCCAAAUAGGUUGGGCGAUAGUGCAAAUCUCGCACCUUGCUAUAAUACCAUCAAUCACAGACGACCUACAGAUCCGCUCAGAGUUGACAUCUAUAAGAUAUAUGGCUUCAGUAAUAUCGAGUCUAAUGGUCUACUUCAUAACGUGGAUCGUUUUGAGAGCGACAAACUACAGCACAUUUAUUGGCCCUUCGGAUGAUUACAAAUUUCGGGAUGUAUCACUCAUCAUUUCCAGUAUUGGCAUAGCUUCGUUUAUAAUUUUUCACGUUUUCUUCAAACUUAAACCCCCAAAGGAAGAGAAACCCAAAGAAAAUGGGCACGUAAUGGAAACCGGUGAAAAAGAUUCUACAAUAUUAUCAGCAAAAUCUAAAAUUAUGCAUUUUUUGCAAAUGCCUCUUCUAUAUCAAACUAGUUUGUUGUACGUUUUCUCGAGGCUAUACUGGGCUUUAAGUCUGGUUUACGUGCCGCUUUUCCUAGAGGAGCGGCUAUCAGUGAACCCGAACGCAGCAGAGGGCUCCGAGUUAGUUGCCAGCGUACCACUAGUGCUUUACAUUUCCUCACUGUUUUUCUCGUUUUUAUUAAAAAGUAAUAUCAAUAAAUUAGGUAAUCAGGUGGCGUAUCUGAUUGGCAGUUUUCUAAGCUUAGUGAGCUGUAUGUGGAUUGCACUAGCAAUAAGUCCAGAAGCACAUGUAGUUCAGAUUUAUUUGGUGGCGACAUUAAUAGGUGCUGGCAGUUCGAUCACCUUGGUCUCCAGUCUAUGCGUCACUGCUGAUUUGAUAGGCCCACAUUCACACCAGGGUGCCUUGAUAUAUUCUAUUGUGACAUUUGCCGACAAAUUGGUGACUGGCAUAGCUGUGGUUGCUAUCGAAAACUACAAAUGCGACGAUGCGCUAGAUUGCCCGCAGUACUACAGAGGAGUCCUAACGUACGCCUGUGGCGGGAGUGCGGUGCUCGGCAUUCUCUCCUUAUCCAUAACUACUAUCAUUAACCAAUGUCAAAAGGGCUCCAUGAAUGAAUCUGGAAGUGAUUCUAUGAGUGAGAAGGGUGGGAAGAGUGAUACCAGUGGAUCAGGCUCUGGAAGUGAAAGUGAGAGUGGUUCAAGUUCUUCGGGUUCUGGGACUCUUGGCCGAUCUGGAUCUGAUAAGUCAUCAAAUGUUCACACCGAUCGAUCACAUCACAGUGAUGACACAAAAUCAUCACCAAAACGCAGCAAUGCUAAUUCUUCUAAAUCUGAUCAUCACACUGAUAAAGACUCUUCGGAUGAUUCUAUCACAAAGCGUAAAUCUAGAAAUAACCAUGGUAAAGUCAAAUCAGAUCUUUGGGAAGAUAACCCUGAUAUGUUUGGUAUUAGGCGAUCAGGUCGCUCAAGAAAAGUUCCAGAUAGACUAAAACUUGCUGAUAGUGAUUCUAGUGAUAAAGGAAGAAGUCAUGAUAGGAAAAGUAGGAAAAAAAGCGACUCUUGGAAUUCAGAUACCUCAGAUAGUGAUAGUGACCUAAAGGGUUCACCACCACCACCAUCAAAACGACCAGGCCAAAGAAGUGUACCUUUAAGAAAAAAGAAACCAACCAGAAGAAGAAGAUUUACAAGUGACGAGGAAGAAAGCUCGGAGGCUUCUGAUGAAGAUACUAGGAGUCGAACCGCAACGCGACGUACGGGGGCGGCUGCAGUAAGCUACAAAGAAGCCAGCGAUGAACAAACUGACUCAUCAGACCUUUUGGAAAAUGAGGGGGGUGAAGAGGGGGAGGGGGAGGCGGAGCCGGAGCCCGAAGAUCAUAGUGAAACUAUUGAAAGGGUUCUGGGCCUUAGACGUGGGAAGAAAGGAGUCACGGGCAAUGUGACUACAGUUUACUAUGUAGAAGAGCAUGGAGAUCCCAAUGAGGGUUGUAAUCCUGAUGACGAGGAAUCAACUGAACUACAGUACCUGAUUAAAUGGAAAGGCUGGUCCCAUAUCCACAAUACAUGGGAGUCGGAGAAGUCACUUAAUGAUCAAAAGGUCAAGGGCAUGAAAAAGUUAGAAAAUUUUAUUAAAAAGGAAGCAGACCUUUCUUGGUGGAGACGACAGGCUUGUCCUGAGGAUAUCGACUACUAUGAAUGUCAAUCUGAAUUACAGCAAGAACUAGUCAAAACAUAUAACAGUGUGGAAAGGAUAUUUGCUGAACAAACACGUGAGCUAGAAGGAGGUGGAACAGCUCAUGAAUAUUUCUGUAAGUGGGAAUCACUGCCUUAUGCGGACGCAACUUGGGAAGAUUCUCCUCUUAUAGAGAAAAGGUGGCCUAAAGAAGUAGAACAGUUCAAAUACAGGGAGGCCGCGAAAACAACGCCCUCUAGACAUUGUCCUGUCUUAAAAAGGCGGCCCAAGUUCCAUCAGGUCAAAGAACAACCUGAAUACAUGGGCAAAGAUCAGACUUAUAUACUGAGAGAUUAUCAAAUGGAUGGAUUGAAUUGGUUAAUACAUUCCUGGUGUAAAGACAAUUCCGUUAUAUUAGCUGAUGAGAUGGGCUUAGGCAAAACUAUACAGACUAUAUGUUUUUUAUACUACCUGUUUCAAACUCAGCAAUUAUAUGGACCAUUUCUAUGUGUUGUACCUCUAAGUACGAUGACUGCGUGGCAAAGGGAGUUUGCGCAGUGGGCGCCAGAUAUCAAUGUCGUAACAUAUAUCGGUGACGUCAGCAGUAGACAUAUUAUUAGAGAAUUCGAGUGGAGUUUCGCUAGUUCAAAGAGGUUAAAAUUUAACGCGAUUCUGACGACUUACGAGAUUUUACUGAAAGAUAGACAAUUUCUGAGGUCUUUCAGCUGGGCUUGCUUGUUAGUCGAUGAAGCGCAUAGGUUAAAGAAUGACGACUCACUGUUAUACAAGGCACUCAAAGAGUUUGAUACAAAUCAUAGGUUACUUGUAACUGGUACACCACUGCAGAAUUCUCUAAAAGAAUUAUGGGCGCUUUUACAUUUUAUAAUGCCAUAUAAGUUUGAAUCAUGGGAGGAAUUUGAGAAAGACCAUGAAGAUGCAGCAACAAAAGGCUACGAAAAGUUACACAAACAAUUAGAACCCUUUAUAUUGAGGCGGCAGAAGAAAGAUGUUGAGAAAUCAUUGCCUGCAAAAGUGGAACAAAUAUUAAGAGUGGAAAUGACUUCCAUACAAAAACAGUACUACAAGUGGAUUCUUACAAAAAACUACAGUGCAUUACGAAAAGGUGUAAAGGGCUCAUUAAAUACAUUCAUCAAUAUUGUGAUAGAGUUAAAGAAAUGCUGCAAUCAUGCACUCCUAACUAAACCAGAGGAGUUCGAGACGCGGGCAUCGCUUGCUACUACUGAUGCUGUUGAGAAACUUCUCAGAGGCUCUGGUAAACUGCUAUUAUUAGAUAAACUGCUAUGCAGGCUAAAAGAAACUGGGCAUCGUGUGCUUAUAUUCUCUCAAAUGGUUAGAAUGUUGGAUAUUCUUGCUGAAUACUUACAAAGGCGGCACUUUUCAUUCCAACGCCUUGACGGGAGCAUAAAGGGGGAACUGAGGAAGCAGGCUUUGGAUCAUUUCAAUGCAGAAGGUUCCCAGGAUUUUUGCUUUUUACUGUCAACGCGAGCCGGCGGCCUCGGUAUUAACUUGGCAACAGCUGAUACCGUCAUCAUAUUCGAUUCCGAUUGGAACCCACAAAAUGAUCUGCAAGCUCAAGCUCGCGCGCAUCGUAUUGGACAAAAGAACCAGGUCAAUAUUUAUCGAUUGGUAACCGCCAGGUCGGUGGAAGAAGAUAUUGUUGAGAGGGCCAAGAGGAAAAUGGUCCUCGACCACCUCGUGAUCCAGAGAAUGGACACAACGGGGCGAACGGUGCUCAACAAGCGGGACGCUUCCGGGACCACUGUGAACAACCCCUUUAACAAGGAAGACUUGAACGCCAUCUUGAAAUUUGGCGCUGAAGAAUUGUUCAAAGAUGAUGAUGAAAAUGAAGAAGAUCCUGUUUGCGACAUAGAUGAAAUUCUUCAAAGAGCAGAAACGAGAGAUGAAGGGCCAGCAAUGGUGGGAGAUGAACUUCUUUCUGCAUUCAAAGUUGCCAGUUUCGCAUUUGAUGAGGAAAAAGCUGUUAUGGAAGUCAAGAAAGAUAGCGCGGAAGAAGCUGGAAAGGACUGGGAUGACAUAAUUCCAGAAAAUGUUAGGAAAAAUAUAGAAGAGCAGGAGAAAAAUAAGGAAAUCGAGGAUUUGUACUUACCGCCGAGAAGGAAGAAUAUGAACCAAAAUAAUGCAGAAGGAGGUCGCAAGCGCCGAGGUCGCGGUGAGGCUGGUGACGGCGGUGAGGGUGAAGGCGGCGAGGGUGCGGACGGGGACGCCGAGAGUGACGGCUCGGACCCCGACGCGAGCGGCGACGACGACCGACCCCGCAAGCGCGGCCGCCCUCCCGCUUCACACCGCGAGAAGAUUAAGGGCUUCACUGAUCAAGAGAUAAGGAGAUUUGUUAAGAGCUUCAAGAAGUUCUGUGCACCAUUGAAGCACCUGGACAGCAUAGCAUGCGAUGCAGAACUGCAGGAGAAACCACUCGCCGAACUCAAGAAGUUGGGCGAAAUCCUACAAGAGAGAUGCAAAGCAGUAUUGAAUGACACCACAGAGACACCAGCCAAUGAAAAUAGUGACGGGCGUAAGAAUGCAAGAAAAACGUUCAAGCUUGGCGGCGUGCCUGUUAAUGCCAAGACAAUGGCUGCCUGCCAGGACGAACUCGCGCCCCUGGACGAUUUCCUGCCACAAACUAAAGAGGAAAGACUGAAGUGGCAGUUGGAUUUCAGAACGAGACCAGCAAAUUUCGAUAUCGAAUGGGGAGUAGAAGACGAUUCAAGACUGUUAGCUGGCAUUUAUCAGUAUGGUAUGGGAUCAUGGGAAGCAAUCAAAAUGGACUCUUCAUUUGGUAUAGGUGAUAAAAUCCUCACAAACGGAGACAAAAAACCACAGGCGAAGCAUUUACAGUCGAGGGCAGAGUAUUUGUUGAAGCUAAUAAAAAAACUACUAGAUCAGAAAAACGGCAAACAAAAACAGAGAAAACCAAGGAUGAAGAAGGGGGCCAAAGAACCAAUAACAAAAGACACAAUUGAAGAUGAUUUAAGUUCUGGUGCUGAGAGCAAAAAAGGGAAUAAAAAUGCUAAGAAUAAUGAUAAAGGAGAAAAGGCUAAAUCGAAAGUUGAAGAUGUGUUAACACAUGACGAAGCGUCUAAUGACAGGAAAGAGAAAGACAAGAAGCGCACAAAAAAGGAAGGCAAAGAUCGGACUAAAAAUGAUAAAGGGAGAGGCCGUAAAAAGCCAGCAGGUCCCAUGCACUUCACCGCUAAUAACGAACCUAGAGCUUUAGAACUGUUAGGCGACCUAGAUCCAUCUGUCUUUGAUGAGUGCAAAGAAAAAAUGAGACCAGUCAAAAAAGCACUACGCGCUCUCGAUAAUCCUGAUCAAACCUUGUCAGAAUCGGAACAGGUUUCGAGGACCAGAGCUUGCCUGACCCAAAUAGGAAGCCAAAUAGACAUAUGCUUAGCUGAAUACCCAGAUCCUGAAAAGAAAGUCGAAUGGAGAAGUAAUCUGUGGUAUUUUGUGUCUAAGUUUACAAAUUUUGAUGCAAAGCAAUUGUACAGGUUGUAUAGAUAUGGUCUUAAGAAAAGUGAUAGUAAAAAGGAUGGAAAGCAUAAAGAAAAUAAGUCACAUGUAAAAAAUAAUAUAAAUAACUCCAAUAACCAUAUUAAGUCAUAUAAAAAAGACAAAGACAAGGACAAAAGUAACAGAAAAGAGAAAAGGCCGAAAACCGAUAAAGAUGAUAAGAAGAAUGAUAAAACUGCACAUGCAUCAGGAGUAAAAAGGAAACUGGAGGAAGGGGAAUGUGACCCUGAACCGACCGAAAACAAACGUCACGAAAGACAUAAACACAAGCACAAGGAUCGGAGAGAUAGAGAAGGAAGCUUGAAGCGGGACGAUUUGAUCUACAGAGACCGGAGCCGUUCGGAGCGGGAAAGGGAGCGGGACCGCGAUCGGGACCGGGACAGGGACCGGGAGCGGGACCGGGAACGAGAUCGAGACCGAGAUCGUGAACGGGACCGCGAGCGCGACCGGGACCGGGAGCGGUCGCGAACGCGGCGUGACAGCGGGGGCGUGAAUCCGAGGGUGCGUCCGCCGUACGCGCAGCACGCGCACACUGACCACGCCGUGCACCCGGCGCACCCCGCGCACCCGGCGCACCCUGCCUGGACCCCGCCCGCCUACCCCGGGCCCCGGCAGUACCGAGGCGGCGACCGGACUGCGCGACCUCACGAUAAGAGACGGUUUGGAGGCUACGGCGCGAUGACAGCAGGGCCAUACGGUAGCGGGUACUUCGAAGGAGCCGUCAUUCCGGGCGGCAUGGGCUUCCCGCCUGUGCGCCCCUACCCCGAGGACUGGCGGGGUUAUGCGCAGCCCGAUUACGCGUAUGAUGAACGGGACUACGAGCGCGAGGUCUAUAGGAGAGACUACGAUCGACGCGCUCCUCCAACAUAAUCAGCUCAUACGAUGAGCCGUGAUCAAUACACUCGAGAGAUUACGACCGACGCGCGUCGCCAACCUAGCCAGCUCAUAAGAUGAGCAGCGAUCAAUGCACUUUAUGAGCCGUGAUCAAUACACUUAAGAGCCGACGCGCUCCACUAACCUAGCCAGCUCAUAUGAUGAUGAGCCGUGAUCAAUAUACUGAAGAAAUUACGACCGACGCGCUUCUCCAACCUAGCCAGCUCAUAUGAUGAGCUGUGAUCAAUGCACUUAAGAGCCGACGCGCUCCACUAACCUAGCCAGCGCAUAUUAUGAUGAGCCGUGAUCAAUACACUGAAAAGAGAGAUCACGACCGACGCGCUUCUCCAAACUAGCCAGCUCAUAAGAUGAGCCGCGAUCAAUGCACUUUGUGAGCCGUGAUCAAUACACUAAAGAGAGAUUAGCUAGCUAAUAAGAUCAGCUGCGAUCACUACUGCACUUUAUAAGACGUGAUCAAUUCAAUCUGUAAAAAGUGAUUACGGCCGACACGUUCCAACCAAGCCAGCUCAUAUGAUGAGCCGUGAUCAACACUGUAAAUAUAGUUUUAAUUUAUUACAAUAAAUAUGUAAAUAGCCAUAGAGAUCUUUUCCGUGGAUGCUGAUCUAGACUUUACUGUAAAGUGUAAGUGACAAAUAGUGCUGUGGAUUUUAUCUAUGUGAUAAGCAAAGAGCGUCAUCGAUUUUGGACAUUAUUAUAUGACUAUGUAAGUGAUACUGUAUAGUGAAUUUAUUUAUUACCAAUUCUGUUUGAUUUUAUUUGUUGAUGUACAGAUUUUAGACAAAUAAAAUAUUUUUUUAUAUUGUUCCAAUUAUGUUGCCAAUUUUUCUGAUUUAAAUAAAUUGUAUAGUGAUCUGCUCAUUCUGGACUUUACUAUUUAUUCAGGGCCUCAACUAUGAGGCAGACAGGCAGGUGAUAUGCAUAGUCCUUAGUCGAUGUACAAAAUUAAGCGAAUGUUAGUAGAUUUGCAUAGUAAAAUAAAUCAUGUGCAAUCCAGAACAUGGUGUAUAGCUUGAAGGCACAUACAUAAACUGUCAUUGCAUUUUCGCAGUGGAAAGGGAAGAUUUUGGUUUGUAUUUCCUUUCUCGUACAUGCAUUUCGGGAGUCCUUGUGGGACUCGUACAGUCCUAUUUUUAUACAUAAUUAUUAUGUAAAGCCUUAUUCUCUGUUACAUGAUGCAAAUGAGUGUAAUAAGAGUGGAAACGUCUUGAUUGGUGUAUACCAUGAUAAUAAACAUAUUAUUAAAGUUGAAAA